ACUUUCUAUUCAUAAACAAUUUUUCUUCAAAUUUCAAGAAUGUACUCCGUAUACCGCAACUUUAGUCAACUGCAACGAGGUGCUCAUCUUGCUCACAUAACCCUGUUGUGUAACCACCGCACCAUUGUCAAGCCCCUAAUACUCCAAACUGUCCACUUCUCAAAGUCUAAAAGCAGCGAUGGUGAGGAAGCUUUAGGAAAUGAUGGCAAAAAACUAGCUGACGGUAAAAAGCCUCCACUGAAGAAAAAGGGACCCUUCGGUCCGCCUAAAAUCGAAAUGAGGAUCAUACCCGCUUCAUAUCAUAAUCUGAGCUAUGAAGAGCUCAAUAAAAAACUAGGUCGCGCGAUGUCGCCACAUCUGAGUAUCUAUAAGAAACAGUUGACCUCAGUGAUGUCCAUAUUUCUGCGUAUAAGCGGAUUUAUUCUGGGCAUAGGAAUAUGGACGAUUGGUGUGACUGGCUUGCUUUGCGAUAUAGAUGUCAAUGCCAUGGCAGAGAAGAUCGAGAAAUGUGAUUGCAGUAGGACCGUCUUCAAUGUGCUCAAGCUUUUUAUAAUAUUACCUUUUGCCUAUCAUAUGGUGGCGGGAACACGGCACUUGAUCUGGCAUCUGAAUGUUUUCCUUAGCAAACGAGAGAUUUAUGCAACCGGGUAUGUGGCCAUCGUUCUGACCCUGAUUUUGGCAGCGGUUUUAGCCGGCAUCGAUGUUCAGGGCAAAAAUAAUGAGCUAUCUAAGGUCUCAAAUGAUGGCGAAAUCACGUUGGAGUUGAAAACCCUGCUCAACGAGGAGACCGAAGAAAUCGAUGAACACAAGGUAGACAAUGACAUGACCGAAGCUAAUGCAGAAGAGGAGUAAAAUUAUAUGCUCAUGAAGAAAACGUUGACUUCUACCAAACCAUCAGAAAGUGACGCGAUGCCACAUAACAGUUAAAUGUAAUUUUUAAAAUUGACACGGUAAAUUCCAAUUUAGACAUUCAUAUUUUUGCUUGUGGAAAAUUAUUAGUAUUUACCCAUUUAGAAGUCGCAUCCAUUUACAUUAAAAGAAAU